GAGCAGACUAAAAUGGCGACUACCAUGAAAACAGAAUUUCCGAAAUGAGCACAGUGGCACAGUUAUUUCGGCAAGCUGAAUCAUUGAAGUCGAGCACAUCCGAUUCGUCAUUUGGUACCAAUGAAGCCUGGGUAUCAAGACAGAAGUUACAGGACCUGUAUCAGCGCCUCCUAGUGGUUGAUUUAGAAUACUCGUUAGAUAAAAAAGUGGAGCAGGAUUUAUGGAACCAUGUUUUCAAAAACCAGAUCAAUGCCAUGCAGACACAGGCAAAGGAUCGCCAGAACGCCAAGAGAGCAGAGAUUCAGGCCAGUUUGAACCUGUUCUUAGAAACAUCUAGUGGAUUCUACGUGCAACUCCUACAGGAACUAUGCAGUGCUUUCAAGCUAGACCUUCCUUUCCGCAGGAGGUCAUCUUACUUCGGUAUUCUACGGGAGCCGAAUGCAGUAAAGGGUAUGAAAAUGCCGAAGAAGAGCUCAUCUAUGUAUAUUUGUCAGUACUGCUUGGUUCAUCUUGGAGACAUUGCACGGUACCGCCAACAGAUCGAGCAAGCACAAACCUAUUACCGACAUGCAGCUUUCCUUGUACCAUAUAAUGGCCAGCCCUAUAACCAACUUGCCAUUCUGGAGGCUGCCAAGGGGAGCAAACUCUCCACAGUGUUCUAUUAUGUUCGGAGCUUGGCUGUGAAACAUCCAUUCCCUGUGGCUGCGACCAAUCUGGAGAAGUUCUAUUCCAAGAUUACGAAAGAGGUGCUAGAUAUUCGUGGCAAGCUUACGAUGUCCGAGAUUAUUGCUGCAUUCCUACAGUUUCAUGCUUUUGUUCACCUAUGCACAGAUUUAGAUCGAGCUCAGAAGUUGAUGAACCAGCUUCUUGUCAGCCUACCAUCUCACAUCACAUCCAUGAGUUUUAGCUCGCAUCAGUUCAUCGAGAUGAUUGUCAUCAACUUGUUUGCGAUGUACCAUGCCAAGAAGCAUCUGGACAAGGGAGACAAACCAAGUCAAGGAGAGGAGAGGUGUUAUAACUUGGUAUUACAGUUGACUGUAUCGCUGCUUGACAACUUACUGCACAGCACUCCGAAGAACAACAAAGCUCGUGAAUAUCAUACCCUGCCUGCCAUCAAACUCAUCAUGGACUGGCUAAAGGUCAACCAGGAUCUUUUAUCAAAACCAAUCAUCACAAACUCUACAAUCUGGCCCUGUGCAAGCAAGCUUUUCAACCACAUACAACACUGGUCUCAACAAAAAGUUGGAAAGUUCAAGGCCUCUGACUAUGAGCAGGUCCCACUACCUGAAGACACCGAAGUCCAAUGUUUCCAACCGGUCGAGAGCUGCUACACAAAACUCGAUUUCACUCGACAGCUGAUUGAUAACCUGCCCACAGAGACUGAGACUCAUAUACGAUGUCACCGACUGGUCAAUCAUGGGAUAUGGGUAUGCGAUGAAUUCCCAAGUUUAAAUCUACUGAACUACCAAAAGCAAAAGAAUGGCUACCACCAGUUCAGUGCUCCGACCGCCCAUGUGAAACUUCUGCCAGGUGAUAACGACAAAUCGGGUGGUAACUCUGAUAAGAAGUCCACUCGGCAGAACGUGGCAAUUCAAGCCAUCCUGCAACACAAGGCAAGCCAGCCAAUGCCAAUUCCAAAGCAGGACUCUGAGACAAACAAAAAGGAGGGCAUCAUGAAGUCCAAACACUCCGGUGAUCAACAUGGAAGUGGGAAAAACCAGAUCUGGCCAAAGCAUGUCCAGAUUUUAGCACCACCCCAUUCUACACCGGCAAAAGUAUCAUCACAAACCACGAUAUCUCACAAUUCACCACAACUGCAGGUCGCGAGGAAUUCACCUCAACCACGAAAUUCUCCACAGUUGAUUGGGCGAGAUUCUCCCAAUGUACAGCCACCCCCGAAGCAAAUCUCGCCGCAGUUACCAGUUGGUGCUAAACCCCAACCGGGCCUAGUUAACGUUCCAGCAUACUCUUCGGCACAAGUAUUUGGGCAGAAGAUGGUACCAUCUGCAGGUCAUGGUUCAAACAGUAUUGACUUCACUGGGAUACAAGUGCCCCCGCCCCAUCUUCAGCCUCAAGCCAAUAAGAAUAUUCCCCAGCACAUGCAGCCACCGCAUGGACAACCCCAACAGCAUCAGCAACAGCGAAUGAUGAACCCAGCCGUGGGGAAGGAAGCAAAGCCACAAAAUGACAUUGCACGGAAUUUUGAAGCACAAAAUCAAACUUUUAAUAUCUUCAGUCAGGGUUUUGGAUCCCUGCUGCAGGAAGGUGGCAGUGCACCAGGUUUCGGAGGAUACUCUGAAAAUUCCUUGCAGAAUCAUGCAGAUAAGCAAUUAGGUCCGGAUAAUGACAAUGGUGGUUGGUCCCAGUUUCCAUGGCCACGUGAAUCUAGUAACCAACAGCAUCAAAUGCAACGCCACGGACAGAAACAAAAUUUCCACGGCAACCAGCAGCAGUUCCUUAGUAACCAGAACCCACGGCAACAGGCGCAGCAGAACCAGGUGCAUUUCCGGAAUAACCCGUUAGGUCAGGUGAAUCCACAGCCACAGCAUCCAUUGUUCAUUGGGAGUCCAAUGCCUGUGCAGCCAGGGAUGCAACAGCAGUACCCAGGCAAUCAGAUGCCUUAUCCUGGCAACCAGAUGUCAGCUCGUCCAAUCGGUUCAAGGGGGAUGGUGAAUGCAGACCAGCGGAGAGAUGCCCCAGGAAAUAUGAACCAAAUUGACCAUGCCAGAUUUUCCAUGGCGCCAGGGACAGCAAUGGCACAGGACCAGCGAGGACGCCCCAUCGACAUGUCGGCAUUCAAGAUGCCUCCUCCAAAUACUAUUGGAGUGUCGGGGUAUCCACCCAACGCAGCUGAUUUUGCUCGGUUAUCAGAGGGAGCUCCUAAACCUGAUAGUCCUCUAGAUGCUUUGCCAAGGCCAAUGUUCCCGUCAGAAAAGCAACCUCCCAAUGUGCCUGGUGGUGCCACCUAUUCAUUAUUCAGCCAGUCGCCCUGGUCGAUGGCGAAAAUGCAACCACAGGAAUCGAAAGGGUAUGGCAUGAUGCAAGGAUAUAGCCAGUCCCAAGAGAGUCCACCAGAGCAGGGAACAUCUGGACCUUAUACUGGAAAUAAUCUGCAGUCGCUGUGGUCAUCAGGUCCAUCGCCGCUGGAGAAACUGCUGGAGCAGCAGAAGCAACAACGUCAGAGUGAACCACACUGAAGGCUGUCAGGAAAGCUGAUUGGUCAGAAAUCAAAUACAAAUAUGCGCUAGUGAUUCUUAAUUGAUCCACGUGCAGUUUAUAUUACGAGAAAAUUUCUCGAGAAAUCGAUGCGAUGAUCGAUGCAACAUGACGAAGGUAUGAAUCAGAAAGAAGCUGGAUGCAGCAGGGAAUUGCUGCGGGAUGCGAUAGGUGGAUGAAAGCUUAGUGCUGAAGAAAUGCAUUGAUAUAUGCAAACAUUGAUAUGGUGAGGCAGUUCUCCAAUGGGUCAAAAUGGUAGAGUGGUUGUCACAGAAUUGAAGAUGUUGCACAUGAUAUGAGUGUUCUGGUAUCUUUGGAAUCUUAUAUCAAACCAUUAUGAGCUUGUAGCUUUUAUCAUAUGCGGACCAAGUUGUCGAGAUUCGAUGUUAGUUAAAUUGAAUGAAAACAGGGACAUUCUAGCUCAUUAAAGUUUGUUGAUAUAAAGUGAUCAGUGCAGAUGAUCAAAACGUGAAAGAUUCAGCAUAAAAGCUAACAUAAACUGGAUAUGCUAGUAUUACAAGUUUGUUAUGUUGACCUGCCCUACUAAAAUUUCCCAUGGAGACUACUUGUACUAGCGAAUGCCUAGAAUGAUUUUCUGCUCUUAUUUCCUUUGGCGGGACUGUUUGCAGAAAGUCUUAAUGGCAAAGACAAUAGACUAUCAAGUCUUCUGUAAUCACUGGGUGAUUGCAGAAAUUUCUUCCCAGAGUUUGAUUAGUUGAUAUUUCAUCUGAAUUUUCUUCACUCUGAUAUUUAAGGCUACAGAUUGCAGAAUAUUUGCUAAUACUUUUCCUUCAAUAUUCAUAUUCUGCAGAAUAUUUGGUCCGAUAUACCUACUGAAGUAGAAUACAAUGUUUUCUAUGUCACUUCUGCCUCAAAAAUAUUGUAAAUUGUAAUCUUCUGAACACAACGUGCCAAUACUAAGACUGAUCUAAAACAUUUCUGCAGUCAUUUAAAAUGUGUUAGUGGAUAUUUUGGAAUGAGAAAUCUAGAUGUCUGAUUUCUUGAUUUGACCACAACUUUGCAUAUCCAGCAGAAACACCUACCAUAGUUUAUUAUUGUUCCAUCUGGUGGCAGUGGUGUUAAUACUGUUGUUUUGAUCUUAGGGUGUUAACAAAAAACAUAAUGUAAUUCUUCUAUCGAGCGAGUUAGUGUCACCCCACACAAGCUUAUAUGAUUGUCUUGUAUAAGUCUUAUAAACGCCACAUGAUCUGUCAUCAUGACGACAUGUCAUUUAAUUAUAAUACUUUCCGAUGGUACAAAUUUCAAACUAUUUUUUGAUAAUAUAUUUUCUUCUCAAAAUCCAUUCGAAUGAAUAAAGGGUUAAGGUGAGUGCUUUCUAAUGACAUGAAUAAGUCCAUGUCAUGUGAAUUUUUUUUCUCAAAUGCCCAAAAUGUUUUGGAUGGUAACAGUACAAUUUAAGGACCCGAGCAGGCACGUGUGAAAGUGACUUUUGUUUGUUUCAACAUCUCAUUCAUUCAAGGAACAAACCUAGUAAGUUCAAAGAAAGACUUUAACACUAGCACAUGCUUAUUUUAGUUGUAACUUAAACAUUUUUAGCCUGCCUAGAUUGACGGGAGUGUGUGAUGCACUGAGGUGCUGCCAUCGCGCCAAUAAGUAGGAGGUCCACAGUGGGAGGGUAUACUUGUAUGUAAUAGUGUCAGAUGAAUUGAAGUCCUCUCCCAUGCCCUCUGUGAAAAAUCCUCUUUCAUUGGAAAAAUAACCAGUUUUUGGUUGAGAGUUGUCUUUCGUCAGAUUUGGUUUGACUGUCGAGACAUCAGAGCUCUGAAAUAAGUUCUUUGUUUGCAAAUGUUCAGCUUGUCCUUGACUAAUAACUUUAGCAUGUCUAUAUGAGUCAUUGACCACACAUAAGAAUACUGAUAUCACUAGCUGCUAGAAUUAUGAAAAGGGACUAGCUGAAUUUUGCAAGUUUCCCAAAAUAUCUUAGAUUUGUCAAGUGUGAAAUGAAAAAUGGGGUGAUGUAUUUUGUGUUUGGUAUUUGCUUGGUCCAGUUGAUUUCGUAUGGUUAUGUAAUCUCAUGGCUGGUGCUUAUGAAAAUAAGGUUUAAAAUAGGUUGUGUCCACCAUUAAGGUUUGCAGUAGCACGAGGGAGCCAGAAAAGACAGUGGUUCUAGGAUAAUCAAUAUCAACAGGAAUUUAUAAAUUCUUGAUAUCAGUAAUACUGAACAUUGCUAAAAUUUGAUUAUGUUUUGCUGCUCAUCGCUUGUCUUGAUCAUGCCUUGUCCAAUUUUGGCAAGACGAGUAUUUCUAGAUAUUUCAGACUUUGAAGUUUCACCUGAAAAAAGUUAUGUUUUUCAACCGCACCAUUUUCUGUGUGAAACUGCCUAAAAGUCUGAGGGCCCCUUUCUCUUGAAAUUGCCCACAGGUAACCAGAAAGCAUGGCUAACUUUCUCCUUGCUGUGCCAACUUCAGGGUCAGGGAGAAGAGUAAACUCGAUUGGUUAAUUCCUCAACCAUCACAUGUGUAUCUUCACUUUCCUGCUUUUAUGGUGUCCCAUUGGAUUAUUUUCAGCUUUUGUGAUUGUUCAAGUUUGAAUUGUAACUUGGACUGUACGGUGCAUGAUUAUAUUUAAGUUUCUGUUUAUUUUAUUGGGGACGAAGAAGAAAAAAUUGGAAUCGGAGCUGAAAAGAUGCCCAUGGGAAAAGUGGUUUACCAAUUCAGAUCAAGCAAAUGUCUUUCUUCACAGCAAUAGUGUUAUUCCAAUGCAUGUAGUGCCCUUAACCUGGUAAUCUGGACUCUCACUUCAAAUCUAAUAAAAUUUGUAGCAACUAAUGAUGAA